GGAAAACUAGGAAUCGAGUUAGCCGGAAAACACCCGUUCUAGGGGCUGUUUUCGUAUCAACGAUUAAGGGUUGAACUAGCACUUUGAGGAGGCUGUUUAACACUCAUAUUUGAGCAAGGAAUCAGUCCCAAAUCCACCUUGACCAAAGAUUUGACCAUUGGACCAAGAAGGGAAAGUUUAAAGCUCAAUUGAGGUGAGGAUUGACAUCUAAUUGCUUACAACUUGUAGGUUAAGCAUGAGAUUACCUAAAUGCUUAAAUCAUGAUUUUUCAUGGAUUAUGAUGAUUAUAUAUUGAUGAAAUAUUGAUAUAGUUGCCAAAGAAUGAAAUUUGAAAUGAUUUGAGAAGGUAUGAAUAAUAUGAGAUUAAAUGAGUAUAAAAGAACCAUUUUGUGAAAAUGGGUAUUUUACUCAUGUAUGAAUUAUGUGGAUACAUAAAUGAAUAUUUGUGUAUUGAGAUUAAAUACUUAAGUUGCUGCUACGUAAUUAUAAAUAUGUAGAGAAUUACAAAUAAUGAGGAUAAUGGUAUGAUAACAAUAAUCUUAAUAGUAUUGAAAUACUAGUUAGUGAUUAUUGGGACUUGUUGAUUAAAUUGAUCCUAGGGAUUGGAUUGUAUGAAAGGUACUUGAAUAUAGUUCAAGUGUAUAUAAUACUUAGUAUGGAACUAAGGUUGAGUUAUGGGAAGUCUUUAAGGAUGACCCAUGGUAGUUUAAUGAUAUGUUAAUUCUAGGCAUAGGGUUGCUUGAGAAUUGGACCUUAAUGCAUGGUGAUGUGAUAGAGCCGAGCUCUAGAAUGCAUGUAAGGUGUAGACUUGGAGUCUAUGUAUUGUAUAGCUAGAGCCGAGCUCUAGGACUUGCGUGGUGAUGUGAUAGAGCCGAGCUCUAGAACGCAAGGUAGGGAAAUUGACCCGAGGUAUAUGAAUUGUAUGGUGAUGUGGUAGAGCCGAGCUCUAGAAUACAAUGUCAUGUACUAGGGUUGGACUCUAGGAGUUGUCGUGGCUUAUAGUCACGGGGUUGGGAAUGGUGAUUUCCAAAUGAACAUGGGCCCACGGGCCGUCUACUUGACCUUUAUAUAAAGUAAGUAUAUUUUUAAACAGGGUAACUUUGGGUUACAAUCAUAAUGUACUAUCACCCUAUUUGAGGGUCUUGUGUUUGAAAUACUUGUUGUAUAUCUAUUAGAUGCCUGCCACACCAGCACUUUAUAGCCGUAUAGAGUGCUGACCCCUUCGGGGGCGUCCCACCACCAUUUUUCAGGUUGAGGCUAGAGCUUGCUUCCUGUGCUCGUUGCUCGAGAGAUCAUCUAGGAGCGAAGACUUGAAAUGGACCGUGGUGGCAGGAUUACUAGGAGAAACCCGACCGGCCGUGUACCAGUGGAGACUGGACAGGGCAGUCGAAGGACCUCUAGGGCAUCUAGGGGAGCUGGCCGUGGAGGCCGAUCACAGACCGUGAGUGACGGUCAUGUGGACACAGAAAGUGAAACCUACUGGUCCUAUGAGGACUCGACUUACCAACCGGAAACUGAGCCGGUUGAGACCCCUUACGAAGGGGAUGACGAUGAUGUAAGUGAUGAAGAGGGGGAGAAUGACUCCCUAGCAAGAAUUGAGGCGCUGCUCCAACAAUAUCAACGGGAGCGCGAGGAAAGGAGGCAACGCCGAAGACGGCGAGCGGGGCAACCUUCGGGCAUGGCUUCGAGAGGAGGAAGUCGUGGUGCAUCUAGAGUCCAUGUGGAACCACAUGGAGGCCAAAAUGAUGGAGGUCCAACCAUAAGGAUCUCCAAAUUUAUCAAAGAAGCAAGAGAUUUGGGGUGCAAACCCUUUGAUGGAGCAGGGGACAUUUCAGUUGCAGCACAAUGGAUUAAGAGGCUAAAUGAAGCAGCCCUUGACAUGCAAAUCGCGCCAAAUCUCAAACUGAGAAUUGCGGUAAGAUUGCUCGAGGGGAUGGCAUCCAAGUGGUGGGAUGGAACCAAGAGCAAGUACGGUGAGACCGUCGUUUGGGAGGACUUCCAACGGGAGUUCUUUGCCCAAUAUUAUUCUGAUUUUGAGGUGAACAAGAAGGUGAGGGAAUACACCCUCCUGACCCAAGGAGGUAACAUGACAGUGAAGGAACUUGAGUACAAGUUCCGGGAUCUCGCCGACUACAUACCGGAGUAUGCUUGUGACGAGAACCGAAUGGUAAACCACUUUUGGGAUGCUCUUGACUUGGAGAUACGUGAUAGGGCAACACAAUUGCCUAAUAUGACCUUCGCCCAAGUGGUUGACCAAGCGUUGAAGGGGGAGAAACAGUGGGAGGAGAGGAAGAAGAGAGACGCCGAGGAGGCGAAAAAGAGAAAAUGGGAGAGUCAUGGCUCCCAAGGUUCCAACAAAAAGGGGAACCAUGGAGGAGGAUCUUUCCGGGCACCGCCGCCACCGUCUAGGGGGAAUCAAGGCCCGAGUGGGCAAGGCUCGAGGUCACAAACCUCGGUGGUAACUCGUUGCAACAAUUGCAAGAGGAACCACUCCGGUAAAUGUCGCGACCCCCCCUAGAUGUUUUCAAUGUGGGGAUGCCGGGCAUUUGAAGGCGCAUUGCCCACAAUUGGGUGGGACAAGGACAUCGGGACCGAGCAGUGGCCCGACGGGUACAUGGAAUCAAACCGGAGCUUCUCAAGCGAGCCGGGGACAUGGGGGAGCGAGUACGAGCAACGCGCCAUCCGUGAAUCAAGGAAGAACUCAAGCUAGAGUUUAUGCGAUGACGGAGGCGGAUGCUCGAGCUAACCCGGACUCGGUUGCAGGUAUUGCCUCUUGCACAAUUGUAUUUUGUCCAUAUUUAAUCCAUAAAUUGAUGACAUAAGUCAUAGGGAUUGAGUGCGAGCCAUUUCGGGGUCAAACGGCGAAAUUCGGGCCAAAACUGACCAAAAACAGGGACGCACGAUCGUGCGUCCAACCCCACGCACGAUCGUGCGUAGGGGGCAGUGGUUCCGGGUGAUGUUCGCGCAGGACGCACGACCGUGCGUGCCGGUACGCACGCCGUGCGUGGACGCACGAUCGUGCGUGUCCGGGUACGCACGACCGUGCGUAACCGGCAGUAGCCGGAAGCGAAUUUUUCCAUGCACGCACGACCGUGCGUGCCCCACGCACGACCGUGCGUGGACCCCAGCCGCCCGAAACCUAAGUUUUUCAUCUCGUUCUUCUACGAUUGGACCCCCGUUUGAUUCCGAACAUCUAUAUGAACCUAUUAACCUCCAAAAAGUGUCCUAAACCAUUAAAAAAGGUGUCUUACAUGGUUCAUGAAUGUAGGGACACUAAAGAUUAACGGGAAGGAUGCACGAAUCCUUAUCGAUACCGGAGCGCAACGUUCAUUCGUGAGUGAGGCGUUUGCCGAGAGCUUAGAGAUGCAAUCAAUACCAAUGACACAAACCUUAGUGGUAUCAACCCCACUAGGGGAAGACGUUGAAAGAAACAAUUACUAUCCAUCUUGUAUGGUGGAAAUCGGUGGCCAAACCUUGACGUGUGAUUUCGU